UAUCGACAAGUGCUGGAUUAUACAUAAAAUAAUUUAAGAAAUAGACCAAUGGAAGAGUUAACGUAAGACCAAAGCUGACUUUUAGUAAGGUAAUUAGGGAAGGUUAGGGAUAUAGCAAAUUAAAGAAAGUAAGUACUGACGUUUGGCGAUGGGGUUUUAGGGUAAUAGCGUUGGUAGUUGGUGUUAGUACUGUAUCGUAAUGAUUUACAUAGUCCAAGAAAUAGUUCAAGACCAUAAAGCAGAUAUUAGUUACUUGAAAACUUUAGGAGAAGGGCACGACUCUCAGUUAAUUUCAUUCUCAAAUACUCUUCCAGCUAUUGAAAAAUAAGUUAAUGACUUGUCAGUAUGAGAUGGGGUCAAUUAUGGGUGAUAUGAAGCACAAAGCUGAGAACGGUGAUCUCAAAGACUUACGAGGAACCAUUGAGACUGAAUUUGCUACCAAAACAGACGUUGAAAAAGUCUCCAGUCGUUUUAUCAAUUACACUAAAAUUAAGGUCACAGAGAGUCUUAGGAAAGAGUUCAUUGACUUUUCUGAAGAAUGUAAAGCAAAAUAUCUCUGUGAAGAGAAUAUUAAGAAUUUAUUCAAUAUGCUUAGAGACGAGAUUUAUGGUACAUUCAGUCAAAAGAACAAUGUCAAGAACGAAUUCGAUGCUUUUGAAAAAUAAAAUACCUUCCUUAAUAGAGGAUAUAAGUAAACUUAAAGGACUCACUAGCAAGAACUCCAAAGAUGUUUCUGGUAUCCUAUGAAAUCUUGCACUAAUUGAUCAGGCCUUGAGUAAGAAGUGAGAUUCUGAUACUUUCAAUUCUUUAAAAGCUAACAUGAGUAACUAUACUUCCUUAUCCCAGAUGGAGACUUUUGGGGCAGAGUUUGAUUCUCAAAUUCAGAAAAUUUCUGAAACCCAAGUAGAGGCAAAAUAAUGACCUAAAUAACAUGUCUAUCAUAAUCAAGAGAUUUGAUGAAGUCUUAAAUGAGAAAUGCUCGAAGUUCACUGUAGAAGAAGUCAAAUCAAGCAUUGCUGAUUUCAUCACCCAGCAACAAAAUAAAGAUCUAAAAGAUGAAAUUGAUGAGAAAAUAAGGGCUCUUGAUGAUAAGAUAAGUUUGUUACAAUCAAACCUCAUUAAAAACAACUCUGAUAACUUGGGGACUGUUGAAAAUGCCAUAAAAUUAGCUUCUUCUCAACUGACUCAUUCGAUUCUACCAAUGAACAGUCCAAGAUUUCGUGAAAACACUGAAUUACCUGGGUCUGGUCCUGGUUUAGAUUUUACAAAUCAAGAAAUUGAUUUAAAAAAUCCUAAUUCUCAUCGGCAAAGCGUUGACAUGUUAAGCUCCGGACUCAACCCCUAUGCUGCCAUAAACAAGAAGAGUUUAGAUAAGGUUCACUCCUUUAACAGGCUUGGGAAUUUUGGAAUAGAUUUCACAUCGAGGAAGAAUUACCGAUCUAAAAACCCAGCAUCGGUGAAUAUACACAAAAGAAGGAUCAACAACUCAACUGUGCAUAAUUUUUCAAUUAUCCAAUCCUUAACGCCCAAUUAUCCGAAGUUUCAGACCAAUGAUGCUAAGAACUUGCUAAACAAUACAAUGGGAGGAGUUGGAGACAACUCCAUGACCAUAAGUCAAAAGAAAAUGGAGACUAUUCCUAAGACAAAGAACCUCAAGCCACGGUAUCCCAGUAAAGAGAAGUUCAAAAUUGAUAAGGUCGGAACGAAAGCAAUGAAUAUGCUAAAAAAUACUCCGCAAGGAUUAUUUAAAAACCCGAUUUCAAUCUCAAGAAUCAAAAUCAAAACUGUUGCAAAAGACAUAGCCAAAGUGAACGUGUCACCUAGAGAAGAUGAGAUGAACUCUCAGUGCUCUAGUGAUGAAACUCCUCUGAUACCGGAUUCCUCCCUCCUACCGAGUAUCCUUAAGAAGAAGAAUUAACUUGGCUAGCGGUUGAACAUUCAAUUUAUUACGAAAAUUUGG